AUGUCUGAAGAUCAGCCGAAUAGCUUUCUCCACCAAAUAGCCAUCAAAUUAUCCCGCGCACUGAACAUCAUAAACCCCAAUGACCUCCUUGCGCAACGAGUGGUGGAUAUCGCGAACACCAACUCGGUAGAAGGAUUCAUGAAAGCUGCGAGGGCAUUCGGCAAGUUUCAAGACUCCUUUCUUGCUGAGCUGCAUGCCGAAAUAUUGUCGCAUGCACAACAGGAAGCCAGCGGACAUGUUCCAAAACCGGUUGAAGGUAUAAUUGUUCACGAUAGCGAAGUCUUGGAGCCGGAUCCCGUUAGGCAAGGUGGAUUGAUGCGUAACGAUGCCAGGCAUACCUUCCGACAACCAGCCAAACCCUUGGAACCCCCGACUCCGCGCACUUCCGUACUUGGACUGGAUCGUCUCGCUAAAGAAAAGAGACUGGAAGCAGCAAAUGGUGAUGCUGACAAUCGGAAGAGAAGACGUCUAGACGAUGAUGAAGGCCCAAUGUUCAAAGUCCCUAAUCUUCCUGCAUCUCGCUCAAAUACAAUGCGUCAACGCGGCGAAGAAACACCAUCACAUCCGGGAGGUCUUUCUGAAACGGGGCGCCAGCGAUUGGAGGAGCACCGACGAAACAGGGAAAAGCAAAGAGAGGGUAUAGUAGCUAGGCAAGAACCGAGGCCCGAUGCACCUAAAGGUCUCGGCGACUUCCAGCGUCGUCUCAACCGUGACCGUGAUCGUGGAUGGGGCGGCAAACGUGAUCACGACAACAAGCGCGGCCAGUCUUGGGACUCUACCCCUCAAUCAGUAAGAGGUGUUCGGGAUGCACCGAGUGUCCGUAUUCCCAAUGCUGGGUGGGACUCUACGCCCAGGAUGUCGAAGGGAGGUGAUGAUGCGGAUAGUGGGUGGGGCGGGGCACGAGGUCGUCGCUGGGAUGCACCCACGCCCCGCGUUGCAAGAGGCGGCAGUCCAGACGACAGUGAAGGUGCGUUUGGUUUGGACGCGCGAGAGUGGGAAGAAGAGCAAGUGAGGUUGGAUAGGGAUUGGUAUACUGGUGCAGAAGAAGGUGUCGUUGCGGGAGAUGAAGAACACAAUCCCUUGGCACAGUACGAAGACCUGAGUGCCUUGAAGGAAGCAGAGAUUGCUACGAAGCAAGUUAGAAAAAUAUCUGCUCGGCAGGCUCAGUAUAAUGCCGAUAACGACCUAUGGGAAGCCAAUCGUAUGGUCACAUCCGGUGUAGCUACACGAAAAGGCGUGGAUCUUGACUUCGAAGAUGAAUCCGAGUCAACAGUACAUGUGAUGGUACACGACUUGAAGCCACCGUUCUUAGACGGGCGCACUGUCUUCACAAAGCAGCUGGAACCUAUCAACCCCAUACGAGAUCCAACAAGUGAUAUGGCCAUCUUUUCGAAGAAAGGGAGUGCUUUAGUCAAGGAGAAGCGCGAGCAGGCUGAGCGAGCCAAGGCUGCCGCGAAACUAGCAGCCUUGAGCGGUACUGCGCUCGGAAACAUUAUGGGUGUUAAGGAUGAAGAGGCGGAAGCCGAGGCCGAAGCUGAAAAGCAGGCCAAAGAGAAGGAGAAGAGUGGCGAGAAGGAGGAUUACAAAGGCGACUCUAAAUUUGCCUCUCAUCUGAAAACUUCCGCCGGAGUCAGCAACUUCGCCAGAACUCGUACGCUAAAGGAGCAAAGAGAGUAUUUGCCUGCUUUCGCAUGCCGGGAAGAAUUGAUGAAGAUUAUUCGAGACAAUCAAGUCGUCGUUGUUGUUGGUGAAACCGGGUCCGGGAAAACUACGCAACUGACGCAGUUCCUCUACGAAGAUGGUUAUUGUCAACAUGGACUGAUCGGAUGUACUCAGCCUCGACGUGUGGCCGCUAUGUCUGUGGCAAAACGAGUGAGCGAAGAGAUGGAGUGCAAACUUGGUUCGACUGUGGGUUAUGCUAUCCGUUUCGAAGAUUGCACAUCUUCAGAAACCAAGAUCAAAUAUAUGACAGACGGUGUCCUCCUUCGUGAAUCUUUGAACGAGGGAGAUCUGGAUCGGUACAGCGUCAUCAUCUUGGAUGAAGCUCACGAGCGUUCGUUGAGUACGGACGUGCUUAUGGGCUUGUUGAGGAAGAUCCUGUCUCGCCGACGCGAUUUGAGGUUGAUUGUCACCUCUGCUACUAUGAAUGCUGAGAAGUUCUCCAAAUUCUACGGCAAUGCACAGUGCUAUACUAUCCCUGGUCGCACGUUCCCCGUCGAGAUGUUCCAUUCCAAAUCACCAUGUGAAGACUAUGUCGACAGCGCUGUAAAGCAGGUUCUACAGAUACAUCUAUCUCUCCCUCCUGGCGAUAUCCUCGUCUUCAUGACAGGACAGGAAGACAUCGAAAUAACAUGUCAAGUGGUCCAGGAGCGCCUUGAUCAGCUUGAUGAACCAGCACCCCUGGCGGUCCUUCCCAUAUACUCGCAAAUGCCCGCUGAUCUUCAAGCCAAAAUCUUCGAAGCCACUAGCGACGGUCGACGAAAAGUUAUCGUCGCCACGAACAUAGCCGAAACGUCAUUGACUGUCGAUGGUAUCCUCUACGUGGUCGAUUCUGGGUACUCCAAGCUUAAGGUCUACAACCCGAAGGUUGGUAUGGAUGCACUGCAAAUCACGCCGAUCAGUCAAGCCAACGCCAACCAACGGACUGGUCGUGCCGGCCGCACGGGAAAUGGCUUCUGCUACCGGCUCUAUACCGAGAUGGCGUACCGCAAUGAAAUGUUCGAGAACAACAUCCCCGAAAUCCAGCGUACCAAUCUCGCCAAUACGGUGCUUCUACUAAAAUCCCUCGGUGUGAAGAACCUCUUAGAGUUUGACUUUAUGGACCCUCCUCCCCAAGCAAACAUGCUGAACUCCAUGUAUCAACUGUGGGUACUAGGGGCAUUGGACAAUGUCGGAGAUCUUACACCUGUUGGUCGUAAGAUGUCAGAAUUCCCGAUGGAGCCUUCGAUGGCCAAAAUGUUGAUUGUGUCGGUGGACUACCAGUGUUCUUCGGAAAUGUUGACUAUCGUCUCCAUGCUGUCAGUGCCCAGCGUGUUCUAUCGACCCAAGGAAAGGAUGGAAGAAGCCGAUGCUGCGAGGGAAAAGUUCAACGUACCCGAAAGUGACCAUUUGACCCUGCUGAACGUGUUCAACCAGUGGAAGAGCCACGGAUUCCGAGAUGAUUGGGCUAUACGGCAUUUCUUGCACCCCAAGCUCCUACGUAAGGCCCGGGAAGUGCGCGUCCAGCUGGAGGAUAUCAUGAAAUUCCAGAAGAUGGAGAUCAUUUCUGCUGGGACGGACUUCGAUGUUCUGAGAAAAGCGAUCACCGCUGGGUAUUUCCACCAAGCGGCCCGUGUCAAGGGCAUUGGCGAGUUCGUCAACAUUAGAUCCGGGCUUCCGACCCACCUUCACCCCACCAGCGCGCUGUACGGGCUUGGAUACACCCCGACCUACGUCGUCUACCAUGAGCUCAUACUUACGUCGAAAGAGUACAUGACUCAGGUCACAGCUGUCGAUGCUUACUGGCUUGCCGAGCUGGGAUCUGUAUUCUAUUCGGUCAAGGAGAAGAACUUUGAUGGACGGGGGAUACGUAAACAAGCUGAUCGCGAGUUCUCAAAGCGAGCUGAGCUAGAGACCGAGAUGGCUAGACAGCGAGAGGAGACGGCCAAGAAAGCUGAAGAGGAGGCGCUUGCUAAGAAGGCGGCUAGCGGGAGCAGUGCAAAGAUCAUUGUGCCCGAUUUAGAGGAACCCGACUCCGGGGUCAUCGACGAACAUUCGCAUUUUAGGAACACUAAGAUGGCAGAAGCAACGUCCAACGACGCAAGCCUGUGGAACCAGCAUUCCCCUCUGGAUACACUGGUUCGUAGGACUUCGUCAAAACGGUUCAAGCAACGGACAGCUGUAGGAUAUGUCGAUCAACAAGGCGGCCAGGGUUAUGGAGGCUAUAAUGAGCAGUACGAUGAGUCCGCAGCUUAUGACUAUAAUCCACCCGAACCCUCGACUCCGGAGAGAAAUGGUUCGCAGCAGUUGGCGACCUCACCGCUGCUACAUAGCCACUUUGCUCGGCAUUCGACCGCGACCUCAUCGUCCAAUGGCGAUAAUUCAUAUUACAUCGACCGGUCGUCGAUGGGCUCUGCUGCAACCGACGGCGUGUAUCCGCCAUACCAAUACGACGAUGAUGCCAGUGUGUAUUCUGACGCCCCGGCCUUGAGGGAGUCUUGGCAAUCUACAACAACCGCCAGGCUGACACAGACUGGCAAUACUACGAUAAAUGAGAUACCUGGGGCAAGAGCUCCUCCUCGUUCCCCAUCGCCCAAUGAAACUAUGCCCGUAGUGGUCGUUUCGUCUCCAGGCGGUGGCCAGACGGCUCGACCUGUUUCGAAAGGUGGGCGCGCGCCGAUAGCUGCGAGUGCACAGCUUACGGCUAAUUUCUCAAGACCUGUGCGGCCACCCACUUUACCCCCUGUCAACGCCGAAGAACAAAAGAGGCUUGUGUUGGAAAGAAAUGCGGCGCGUGCCCGGUCCCCCUCGAAUCCCUCACCUCAGCCAAACCAAUUCAGUACUCUUCAACAAUUGCCACCACUCCCCAGAGGAUCAUCGACAUCAUCCAUGGGUAGUCAUCCUAGUUCAUCAGCACAGGCGCAAGAUUACGGCGCACCGCCGUAUCUCACAGACCGCUCAAUCAGCUCUCAUUCAUAUCGACCGCCCUCACCGAAUGCGUAUAUCAACCCGCAAGCCCCUGCUAGUCUUCGAUCCGUCGCAUCUUCCCCAAACCUAAACCCAAUGGCAGGACCUUCGAGGCCACCACAGUCUGCACCUCUUUCUCGAGGGGCCCCUGACGGAAGGUCGGGCUCUCCUACUAGUGUAUACUCUGGCUAUUCUUUCUAUCAACUUCCCCCCACUCCGUCAAAUGAGCUACCACAACCCCAACUCCAACUCUCUCAGGGCAAUGCAUCAAGAGCGCGUUCUCCGCAGCCUGCUCCCCCUCCGACCAUAACUGUCACACCGUCACCAAGUUAUCAGAGUCAUGCACCUGCACCUCCUGGGCCUCCCAAUCUCGACAACCCUCAAACUCCGCAAGAUUACUUGCAGCUGGGGAUACAGGCUCACGAAGCCAACAAAUUACGCGACUCUUUCGAUCAUUUCGAGCAAGCUGCCAAGUUGCAAGGGGGAUGUGGGGUUGGUAUGCUGAUGUAUGGAUUGUCGUUGCGGCACGGAUGGGGAUGCGAGAAGAAUGAGAAAGUGGGCUUCAAGUGGCUGCGGAGGGCUGCGGAGAGCGCGGUGGAAGACUUGGAAAGCGCAAGAGCGAGCAAGAUGAUGGAUGUUGGCGCAGUUCAGAGUGAACUUGUGCUAGCAAUCUACGAAGUUGGGCAGUGCUUCUUCCAAGGAUGGGGUGUGCCGAAAGAUCAGAAGAUGGCUGUGAGCUAUUACAGAGUUGCAGCGCGGCUGGGCGAUCCCGAUGCACAGCAAGACUUGGGCUUUUGCCUUGCCAAUGGCAAAGGGUGUAAGAAAGACAAGAAAGAGGCAGCAAAGUGGUAUAGAGCUGCAGUUGCACAAGGUAUCAGCGACGUUGGUCUAGCAUGGAUUUUCAAAGAGAAAUAUCAAUGA